CAUCUCUCUUGGCGGUGCCAGGUGUGUUCAAACCUGUAGCAGCAGACAAACCCUCGCAGAUGAUUCUCGGCUCUGUCAUUAUGGGCUGGAUCUCAACUGCACAAACCGCCCACUGGAAAAGCUGCCGCCCGUCUGUUUAGAGCGUGCUCACAGGGGCGCUUGGGAUUACUGCAACCAAGGCAACUGGGAGCACACCGGAGCACAGACCCGUGGGAUGACAAACCUUGGCGGUGGAUUCACGGGAGAAAAUCAGCCUCAUAAAUGUCAGGAAGAUGAAAUCCCCAGCAGUUCGGGAGAGUAACUCAGGAGGGUUUAUUAGGCCGCGUCACCUUGCGCUCGUUUAACAGCGGCAAGCCGAGGCGACUCCUUCCAGUCAAGAGUGUGAGUUAUUUGAAAACAGGGGGCGACCAUGUCCAGAACACUGAAGAAGAAGAAACACUGGUCCAGCAAAGUGGUGGAGUGCGCCGUGUCAUGGGGGAAUCUGGGGGACUUUGGCUCCGUGGUGGAGGUCCUGGGAGGAGCAGAGGUGGGGCAGUUCCCCUACCUGGGCCAGAUGAAGCUGGACGUGCUGGUGUGUCACGUCGGGAAGCUGCCCUACUACGGGGACGUUCUGCUGGAGGUGAACGGGACGCCCGUCAGUGGACUUACAAACCGUGACACUCUGGCUGUCAUUCGCCACUUUCGAGAGCCGAUUCGCUUGAAGACCGUCAAACCAGGUAAAGUAUUGAACACGGACCUGCGCCACUACCUCAGCCUGCAGUUUCAGAAGGGCUCGCUGGACCACAAGCUCCAACAGAUCAUACGCGACAACCUCUACCUACGCACCAUCCCCUGCACCACUCGGCUUCCUCGAGAGGGUGAGGUGCCAGGCGUGGACUACAACUUCAUCAGCGUCGGAGACUUCAGGAUCUUGGAGGAGAGCGGACUUCUGUUGGAGAGUGGGACCUACGACGGUAACUACUAUGGAACCCCGAAGCCUCCGGCCGAGCCCAACCUGGUGCAGCCUGACCUGGUGGAUCAGGUGCUGUUUGACGAAGACUACGGCGGCGAGGUCCCCAGGAAACGCACCACGUCAGUCAGCAAGAUGGACAGGAAGGACAGCGCUGUACCCGAAGAGGAGGACGACGAUGAGAGGCCCCCGCUGGUCAACGGCUUGCCAGAGCACAAAGAGGGGGCAGACUGGAGGAAAGCGGUGCCCAGCUACACCCAGUCCGGCAGCUCCAUGGACUUCCGCACAUGGAGCUCUCUUCCCCGCGAUGACAGCCUGGAGCCUCUGCCGCUCAACUGGGAGAUGGCUUACACUGAGACCGGCAUGGUCUACUUCAUAGAUCACAACACCAAGACGACUACGUGGUUGGACCCCCGCUUGGCGAAGAAGGCGAAGCCCCCUGAGAAGUGCGAGGAUGGCGAGUUACCUUACGGCUGGGAGGAAAUUGACGACCCACAGUACGGCACAUACUACGUCGACCACAUCAACCAGAAAACCCAGUUUGAGAACCCGGUGCUGGAGGCGAAGAAGAAGCUGAACCAGGAGACGGCAGCCGUCCAGCAAGCCGCCGCGGCGCCUCCUCAAGGUAAAGGAGGCGCGUCUGGCUUCACCGCCGACCCCAGCCAGCUGAAGGGGGACAUGUACCACACGGCGCUGAAGAAGAGCCCCCAGGGAUUCGGGUUCACCAUCAUAGGAGGGGACCGCACGGAUGAGUUUCUCCAGGUGAAAAAUGUGCUCAGCGACGGCCCUGCUGCCCUUGACAACAAGAUGGCUUCUGGUGAUGUGAUUGUUGAGAUCAAUGGGAUGUGUGUCCUGGGGAAGACCCAUCCAGAGGUUGUGCAGAUGUUCCAGUCCAUUCCCAUCAACCAGUACGUGGACAUGGUCCUGUGCCGUGGCUACCCGCUCCCGCCCGACGUGGAUCUAGACAGCGACGACCCUCUUCCUCCUCCUCCACCCCCGCCGGCCACCCAGCCCCAGCAGGCUCUGCACGGUGGAGAGGUGGUGACGGCCGUUCCCCUCAUCAAUGGACAGCCGCUGCUUGUCAAAGGCGACGUUCUCCACGGCUCCUCGCAGGAGCUCCACUAUGUAACCACCGACGCCAGCGGCCGCCCGGUCGUGGCUGCCAUGCCCAACGGGAGGCAGGCGGAGAGGGGUGAGGUGCCGGUGGCGGUGGCAGCGGCAGCGGCAGCAGCAGCAGCGGCGGCUGCGGCGGCAGCUUCUGGGACGCUGCAACCAGAGCUGGUGAGCGUCCCGCUGGUCAAGGGACCUGGAGGAUUUGGGUUCGCCAUUGCUGACUGUCCUCUGGGCCAGAAGGUGAAGAUGAUCCUGGAUGCUCAGUGGUGCCGCGGCCUGCAGAAAGGAGAUGUCAUUAAGGAGAUCAACAGGCAAAAUGUUCAAACGCUCAGCCAUGCACAGGUGGUGGACAUCCUUAAAGACUUGCCGGUGGGCAGCGAGGUCAACGUGCUGGUGCUGCGAGGAGGUCAAACGUCCCCUGUGAAGACUCUAAAGCCCAGACAAGAAAUGACAGCCAGCACAGAGACUUUGGACGGCAUCACAGACUCAGCGCCCCAGGCCUUACCUUACCACUCCAACACGAGCACCCUGCGCUCCAUGGAAUCCCCCAAACGAGAUGCCGCAGAGAUGUACCUGAAGUCCAAAGCCCUGCUGGAGAGCAGACAGCCUCACACCAAAGACAUCGACGUUUUUCUGAAGAGAGACAUUGAGACGGGCUUUGGCUUCCGUGUGCUGGGAGGAGAAGGUCCACAACAGCCAAAUGUAUUUCCCCAGGUGUACAUCGGGGCCAUCGUGCCCAACGGAGCUGCAGAGAAGGACGGUCGACUUAGAGCGGGUGACGAGCUCAUCGGCAUCGAUGGUGUGAUGGUCAAAGGUCGUUCGCACAAGCAGGUCUUGGAUCUGAUGACCAAUGCCGCCCGCAAUGGUCAAGUAAUGUUGACUGUUCGCAGAAAGGUCAUCUACAGAGAUGCGACCGACGAAGAGGCUCAGGAGAUGGCUCCAGUGCUGGUGAACGGUUCUCCCAAGUUACCUCGCCUCCCGAUGCCCGCCCUUGACCACGAGUCUUUUGACAUCACCCUCCACCGCAAGGACACCGAGGGCUUUGGCUUUGUCAUCCUCACAUCCAAGAGCAAGCCCCCGCAUGGAGUUAUCCCACACAAAAUUGGUCGCAUCAUUGAAGGCAGCCCCACCGACCGCUGCGGCCUGCUGCACGUCGGAGAUCGUAUCUCGGCGGUCAAUGGGCGCUCCAUCAUCGAGCUCUCUCACAGUGACAUUGUUCAGCUUAUCAAGGAAGCCGGCAACGUCGUCACCCUCACUGUGGUUCCUGAGGACGAGUACAAGGGCCCUCCAUCGGGCGCGAGUUCAGCUAAGCAGAGUCCAGCUCUUCAGCACAGAUCCAUGGGGCAGAGGUCGGCACUGCAGGAUGAACGUUAUAAUCUGGACCUAGAGGAGAAAAGAGAGGCAGUCAACUGGUCUGACCACAAAACUCUACCGCUGAGUGAGGCUGGAACGCUGUGUGUGACGGGACCUAACCAGGGCUGUCUGACUAUAGAGUUAGAGAGAGGUCCCAGGGGCUUUGGCUUUAGUCUGCGAGGGGGCACAGAGUAUAACAUGGGCCUGUACAUCCUGAGACUGGCUGAAGACGGACCUGCUCAGCUGGACGGAAGAAUCCACGUUGGAGAUGAGAUAGUGGAGAUUAACGGGGAGCCGGCUCGUGGCAUUUCCCAUACACGAGCGAUCGAGCUGAUUCAAGCGGGAGGAAACAAAGUGGUGCUGCUGCUGAGACCUGGGGCGGGUCUGGCUCAAGAUGGCAGUCGACGUGAUCAAAAACUCAUUUCACCCACAAGCAGUUCCGGAGAAGUGUUUUUAUCUGACACAUCACCCCUGUACUCUCCAUAUCCCGCCGGGGCUUCCACCUUCGUUUCCCCUCCCCUCUCCGGCAACCUGAAGCAUUCUCGCAGCUGGAGCACCUUGUCCCCACAAGGCCAAAAGCCCCGCAGCAGCAGGGUUUUGAGCUCUGUAGAGGAGAUUGGCAAGUGGGCUGACGCGGAGAUAAAGAGGCUCUCGUCCGCCUCCCGUGAGCAAGCGAAGUUCUACGCGAGAACCAGGCCCUCAAAAGACUCCAGAGAGCUAAGCAGCCCAAAGAUAACAGGGGAGACAUUUCCUAAAGCCAAAGAGCAACAUCAUAGUCCCAAAAAAUCUGAGGGUCGGGCACAGGAGGUGACGCUGAUCAAGAACAGGACUCCACAGACACAGACAAAUUCACAACCUGCGAGCGCUAGGAGGUCCUCUCAAGUUGGACACCAAGUGGCUUCAACCCGGCAGCGUGCAGAGCAUCAAGGCCCUCAGAGAAGAUUAAAUGAUUCUUCCGUCAAAGAGAGCUCAGUGCAUGAAAAGAAAAACGGGGAAAGGGGGGGGGAUGUCGAGAUCACAAGGCACAAACAGGGAGGAGUCAGGGAAGGGAGAGGAGAAAGAGCCACCCUCAGCCGUGAGCAAGAAAGUCUCAAAAGAAGGGUGAUGGGAGAGUCCCACCACCACAGGACUUUGCCCAAUAUGGUGAGAGAGAAAGGUACAAGCAAGGACUUGGAGCACAGAGAUCUCAAUGGCAAAGGUAAACCUACAGACAACAGCAAUACGAGCAAAGAAACCGUUACCACAAAAAAGUUGUCGCUUAAAGAUAAAUGGAGCAAAAGAGGCUCUGUAGUUUUAGCAAGAGGGGAAAAGGGAAGAGAAGAAGAGAGAAGAUUUUCAUACUCCAAAGACGACAGUAGUAGGCAAGACGUUGUGGCCUCUACGAACAGUAUUCCAGCGGCCCUGCAGACCACGAGGGGACCUAUUAGCCCUGGCCCUUGGAAAGUGCCCAGCUCAGCCAGAAUCCUCUCCCAGGAAGAGGUCCUCCGUGAAACUUUUGGAUUAGAAUAUUGAAUCACCGACACGUGAGGCAUGUCCUGGAAUAUUUAAGAGCAUCCUCAGCGAAUCGUUUCCGUGAGUUCUUCCAUAAAACAUGAGCGCAACGCGUCACAGCUUUUAUUAUCUUUGGACCACGGCCGGAUUUGUAUUUUGGGAGACCUGUGACAUCACACGUGGCAUGUAGCAGCUCCCCUCUGCCUUGUCCGCUGCUUCAGCAUCUUUGAUGGGGCACUUCAGCAUGUGCAGCAUGCUCGGGGCCUUUUUCCGACAAGACGUUUCACGAAUACGAAUUAUGUGCCAAUCCUGGGAACCUCCUGUGGAACAACGACUACCAACAGCGUUUCACACUGCAAUGCAAUGACCCAUAUGCAAAGAAAGGAGAAAGGCCCUCGCCUGUCAUCCGUAGUGUACGCCUGGUGUGACUGUCAUCUAAGGUUUCAUUUUGCUCUCGAUCUCAUUCUGGGAUAUUUUGACUGUCUUUUUCUUAAAAAGUUUGCUCAACUGCAUGCCGUCGGUCCUUCUGUUUGUUUUACUGCACGUGUUCUGCCCAUCACUGAGGACCUUUCUUGUUUAUAAUUCUCAUACUGAACACCAGGCAGAUUUUAAAUACAAUCCAGCAAGCGUUUACUUUUACCAAGUACUCUAGACUGUUCUAUGGUUAUAGUCAUGGCACUCCUCCAUACAAACAGCGUCACUUAAAAGACCAGAAACUUGUGGUUCGAGAUCUUGUUUACCAUGUGUAUGAUAACUAGCCAGUGUGUAAUUUAUUGAGGUAAUAGACGAAUAUAUGUAUAUGUAGCUGUACCGGGCCAUUCCACAUUUUGAUAUAGACUUUAAAAAAAAGUUGUCCCAUGUUACUUGAGCUUUCACCUUAUUUCCAAUGUACUUCAGUGGUAGGAAUUACCAUGGAUCUUUGUAGUUCAUGAAAUGUAUAGACGUAAUGUGCAAACUGCUGUACCAAAUGUUUGCAGUCGCUCAAAACGUGUCUCAUUGUGAAAUAUUAUAUAAUAUAUAUAUAUAUAUUUGAAUGUGUCAUGUUUUGCAGAAUUAUCUAUUGAACUCCAUUGCACUGCAUCUGCCCUUGUAGCAUAACAGAAUGACCAUGAGUUGUAUUUAAUUCGUGAUGUUGACCAACGUGUUGCCAUUUUAUUAUUAUUUUGUAAAACUGUUUCUUUUUAUUAUUAUUAUUAUUUUUUUUUCUCUUUUUUUUUUUUGGUAAGGCUCACAGUUUAAGGCCAGAACAGCAACUUGUGUAACACUGUUCAAGUUCUGAUUUAUGUUCCUUUGCCUUUGUCUACAGAAAAAAGAAAAAUGCAUUUAUACAUUUUUGUCAGUCCUGCUGUGUGACUGUGUACCAGGAUAGCUUGAAGGAUGAGAGAGACCAGAGAGUUGUGCGUCGCUUUAAACAGAUGUUGUGCGGCCAGGCCCACGGAGAACUCAACCACCUCUCGGUUCUGAAAGUACGGCCUGUGAAAAUGAUAAGUAGAUUUCACUGUUACUUUAAACGACUUAAAAGCUUCUGCUCUAAUAUCUGAGAAGAGGAGAUAUAUUCAGAUUUAAUAUAUAUAUAUAUAUAUAUACAUAUAUAUAUACACAGAUGAGCUCAGGGAACACGGUAUUGUAGCAAAUGUGUGAUAAGGUCACUAUCAAGGAAUGGUGGUUAAAGCCUGUGAUUGUAUAACGGAGCUUUCAGGUUACAAAUCCCCAGAGGACGCGCUAUGAGCCAAUCACUGGUAGGUUUUUGUGCAAUAGUUCGGUUGGUUGAAUGAGUAAAUCCAACCUGGAGUGUCAGGUACAGGCAGUUCACUCUGGUCUGGCUCAGAAUCAGAUAAUGCCCAUGUUAUUGUACGUCCACUGUGCCGUUAUACCCCUUUAUGCUUUUGUUUUGACCAUUUUGUGUCUCAUCUCUGCAUCAUACUGUGGCCUUGCAUUGCUUCAUUAGAAAAACAAUCCUUGUGGUAUCUUCUACAUUCUGUAGGGACGGUAGAUGUAAAUGUUUGUACAUUGUACAGCACCUUUAUAAAUACUUGCCGAGUGCUCUUUUGGGGAGAAAAAAAAAAUAGAGGUAUAUCAAAUUGCUCCAUUAUUUUUCUAUGUAAAGAAAAAAGAAAAAGAUAAGAUAUUUAAAAAUGGGUUGAAAAGGAUAGGCUAUGACCUUGACAUGGUACUCCGUUCAUGCACUGAAAAAUAAAGUUUUGCUGAAAACACCUCCUGGAUUUCUUGUAACGACGGACACAGAAAUACGCACAUAAAAUAUGCUGAGUUCAAAACCAUGCCUUUCUGUCUUUUAACUCUAUGUCAUACCGCCAACGCAGUCACAGUUGUCGACAGUAAAUGUUUUGGUGCCAUAUGUAGCUACAUUAAUUCGUUACACGUUUCCAUACGACAAACCUGCAUAAGCCACUGUUACUACGGCAGAUUUCCGGUUGUCAUGGCAGCCGACUGCUUUUCAGAGGAAACAGGGGAAGGAGGUUGACUGCACUAAAGAGGUGUUUUCUUUUUAGUUUUUUCUUUUUUUACAAAACGAUCCAUAUUUCAAAAGCAGGCAUGAAUCCUGGGACAGUUUCUGAAAUGAGAACACGAAUGAAAACCACUGAAACUGUCAGACGCAGUUUGAUUUCUCUAUGGAAUUAUUCCAGCACCACGAGAGGUAUAACUCAUAUGGAUUAUACCUCCGUGAAUGUACUGUAUAUUUCACACGAAUCUGAACCACUUGAAUCAUCAAGGCGCGUAUCGAGUUAGAAACACGUCAAACAGAAGUAACUGCAGUCGUUUGUCAACGGCUCUGCAAUGCUCGGUAUAUUCUGCCUCCGGAGUGACCUGAGUACAGGGUUUACUAAACAUUUGUAAAUCAAAACUGGAUAAGCCUCAAGGCAUUCGGUUUCUGAUUUAAUUUAUGUGAUGAUCUUCUGCAGUGCUUUUUCUUUUGAUUCUAAUGUUAUAACGU